ACUUUUCAAUCCAGUUAUGCACUUGAUGAAAUGUUAUUUAAAACUUCCUUGUUUCGGCGACCAUCUUGAAUAUUGAAAAUGAGACUAGUUCGUGUAAACUAUUCGUAUUACAGGAAAUAAAUACAUUGUAAUACAAAUUGUGUACAAUAAUUGUUUUACCUGGAUUUUGACACCGAAGGUGUGGUCAAAAAUACAAAAAUAAACAUUGCAAUUCUAACAGCUCACAUUACUUGGUGACUAUUUAGACGUAUGGGGACUGUACAUUACUUCACCAUGUUCAUGAUUUUGGUGUCACUAACAAGGAGCUGUUAUGGACUUAACGAAGACUGCAGUAGUGGCAACUUCGGCAUUUGCAGUGGUACUGGAGUGAUUUGUAAUGGGAGCAACUGUGUUUGUGACUCAAGUGCCUACUACACAGAAACGUCAGAAACAUGUUCAGAAAAGCGCACUCUUGGUCAGAGCUGUGACAGUGUGAAUCAAUGCACCACCACCAGCAAUGUAGUAUGUAAUGGAUCUUGUACAUGUCAGAGUGGCUACUACAGUGACCAAGGAGCAAACACCUGUACCAAGCGUUCUUUAGGUCAGAGCUGUGGCGAUGUGAAUGAAUGCACCACCACCAGCAAUGUAGUAUGUAAUGGAGCUUGUACAUGUCAGAGUGGCUACUACAGUGACCAAACAGCAAACACCUGUACCAAGCGUUCUUUAGGGCAGAGCUGUGGCGAUGUGAAUCAAUGCACCACCACCAGCAAUGUAGUAUGUAAUGGAGCUUGUACAUGUCAGAGUGGCUACUACAGUGACCAAAGAGCAAACACCUGUACCAAGCGUUCUUUAGGUCAGAGCUGUGACAAUGUGAAUCAAUGCACCACCACCAGCAAUGUAGUAUGUAAUGGAGCUUGUACAUGUCAGAGUGGCUACUACAGUGACCAAACAGCAAACACCUGUACCAAGCGUUCUUUAGGGCAGAGCUGUGGCGAUGUGAAUCAAUGCACCACCACCAGCAAUGUAGUAUGUAAUGGAGCUUGUACAUGUCAGAGUGGCUACUACAGUGACCAAACAGCAAACACCUGUACCAAGCGUUCUUUAGGUCAGAGCUGUGACAAUGUGAAUCAAUGCACCACCACCAGCAAUGUAGUAUGUAAUGGAGCUUGUACAUGUCAGAGUGGCUACUACAGUGACCAAACAGCAAACACCUGUACCAAGCGUUCUUUAGGGCAGAGCUGUGGCGAUGUGAAUGAAUGCACCACCACCAGCAAUGUAGUAUGUAAUGGAGCUUGUACAUGUCAGAGUGGCUACUACAGUGACCAAACAGCAAACACCUGUACCAAGCGCACUCUUGGUCAGAGCUGUGACAAUGUGAAUCAAUGCACCACCACCAGCAAUGUAGUAUGUAAUGGAGCUUGUACAUGUCUGAGUGGCUACUACAGUGACCAAGGAGCAAACACCUGUACCAAGCGUUCUUUAGGUCAGAGCUGUGGCGAUGUGAAUCAAUGCACCACCACCAGCAAUGUAGUAUGUAAUGGAGCUUGUACAUGUCAGAGUGGCUACUACACUGACCAAGGAGCAAACACUUGUACCAAGCGUUCUUUAGGUCAGAGCUGUGGCAAUGUGAAUGAAUGCAUCACCACCAGCAAUGUAGUAUGUAAUGGAUCUUGUACAUGUCAGAGUGACUACUACAGUGACCAAGGAGCAAACACAUGUACCAAACGUCAAAUAUACGAGAGUUGUGACGUGACGUCACAAUGCAGUGCCAAUCAUGUGACAUGUAGCAGUUCCUUCUGUAGAUGUUUGUCAGGAUUUUACUUUGUGAACCCAAAUACUUGCACAAAACGAGAUUUGGGUCAAUCAUGCAAUGAAGCGGGUCAAUGCUCCGAUGGAAAUACUUACUGUUUAUCAUCCUGCAAAUGUAAUGCUAAUUACUUUGAUAACCAAGACGGCAUUGGGGGAUCAUGUGAAUUAAAGAAAGAAUUGGAUGAGUCAUGUCCAUCCCUUUCUGAAUCAGCACCCUGUAAGGAUCCCAUUGCCACAUGCAGUUUGGAAACCUGUCAGUGUCCAUCUAAUUAUUAUGAUAGCAAUGGAGCCAUUCCUGCAGGAUCUUGCCAGCGGAAGGUGGGCCUAGGUAUCCAGUGCACCAUGAACUCAGCAUGUUUAGAAGCAAAUUCUGACUGCCUUGAACAACUGUCAGAAUCGACCUGCAAGUGUACAAGCGACUAUUUUGACACAAACACUGUGAACACUAAUUAUGGAUCAUGUAUCCGAAGAAUUACAUUGAAUGGUCAGUGUGACACUUCUCAUAGCAAUUUGGACCAGUGUGCUGCUGACAAUGCUAUAUGUAACUCCACAACUGGUUAUUUUUGCAAAUGCACAUCCGGCUAUUAUGAGGAUCCCAGCAAUGCAGCAAAGUGUAAAGCUAGACAACCAUUGGGUGGAGACUGUCAGUACAAUACUGAUUGUACAGACUCCAAUGCAGAGUGUUCGAGCUCAAAAUGUAGGUGCGGUGAGGGAUAUUACGACACAAAUGGGAUGGAAAUGGAUGGAACUUGCAAAUCAGUUGUUGAAUUGCGUGUGACCAACAUAAACUUCCAAAGUAUCACUACCUCACAGUUUUCUGUUAGCUGGGUCAUACCAGAUGAGAAAGGACAAUAUAUUCAGACGUUUGUUGUGGAGUGGAUGCCAAAGGACAAUACUUUUGGAGAUGGAGGAACUAAGACACUAUCUGACUCACCUACUACAGCCCUGCUUGAUAGUGGAAUAAGUGCAGGAAAAAGCUACAAUGUGAAAAUAACUUCUAUAAAUUCUCAACUGGGAGUGAACAGAUCAGUUUUUUCAUCCGCUGAUCAGGAUGCAAAACCAAAUCCACCUACAUGGAAAGAAGCCACUGAUGUAAAUCCUGCAAAUGACCACUCAAUAACAGUAUCAUGGAAUGCUCCAUCAGGAAGUGUCUAUGGUUAUCAAGUGAGUUUGCUUGACGGAUCAACAACAGUCCUAUCAACAGCGGUAUUGCAGUCAACUUUUACCAAACUUGUUUCCACUCAAAUAAAAAAUGGACACUAUUACACUGUACAGAUUAUUAGCAAGAGCCAAAGCAACACUGUUGAUAGUGUUCCACUUAUCGAAGUAAUAAAGACUGAAGUUAUAGAGCGUUCUUUAGGUCAGAGCUGUGGCAAUGUGAAUGAAUGCAUCACCACCAGCAAUGUAGUAUGUAAUGGAUCUUGUACAUGUCAGAGUGACUACUACAGUGACCAAGGAGCAAACACAUGUACCAAACGUCAAAUAUACGAGAGUUGUGACGUGACGUCACAAUGCAGUGCCAAUCAUGUGACAUGUAGCAGUUCCUUCUGUAGAUGUUUGUCAGGAUUUUACUUUGUGAACCCAAAUACUUGCACAAAACGAGAUUUGGGUCAAUCAUGCAAUGAAGCGGGUCAAUGCUCCGAUGGAAAUACUUACUGUUUAUCAUCCUGCAAAUGUAAUGCUAAUUACUUUGAUAACCAAGACGGCAUUGGGGGAUCAUGUGAAUUAAAGAAAGAAUUGGAUGAGUCAUGUCCAUCCCUUUCUGAAUCAGCACCCUGUAAGGAUCCCAUUGCCACAUGCAGUUUGGAAACCUGUCAGUGUCCAUCUAAUUAUUAUGAUAGCAAUGGAGCCAUUCCUGCAGGAUCUUGCCAGCGGAAGGUGGGCCUAGGUAUCCAGUGCACCAUGAACUCAGCAUGUUUAGAAGCAAAUUCUGACUGCCUUGAACAACUGUCAGAAUCGACCUGCAAGUGUACAAGCGACUAUUUUGACACAAACACUGUGAACACUAAUUAUGGAUCAUGUAUCCGAAGAAUUACAUUGAAUGGUCAGUGUGACACUUCUCAUAGCAAUUUGGACCAGUGUGCUGCUGACAAUGCUAUAUGUAACUCCACAACUGGUUAUUUUUGCAAAUGCACAUCCGGCUAUUAUGAGGAUCCCAGCAAUGCAGCAAAGUGUAAAGCUAGACAACCAUUGGGUGGAGACUGUCAGUACAAUACUGAUUGUACAGACUCCAAUGCAGAGUGUUCGAGCUCAAAAUGUAGGUGCGGUGAGGGAUAUUACGACACAAAUGGGAUGGAAAUGGAUGGAACUUGCAAAUCAGUUGUUGAAUUGCGUGUGACCAACAUAAACUUCCAAAGUAUCACUACCUCACAGUUUUCUGUUAGCUGGGUCAUACCAGAUGAGAAAGGACAAUAUAUUCAGACGUUUGUUGUGGAGUGGAUGCCAAAGGACAAUACUUUUGGAGAUGGAGGAACUAAGACACUAUCUGACUCACCUACUACAGCCCUGCUUGAUAGUGGAAUAAGUGCAGGAAAAAGCUACAAUGUGAAAAUAACUUCUAUAAAUUCUCAACUGGGAGUGAACAGAUCAGUUUUUUCAUCCGCUGAUCAGGAUGCAAAACCAAAUCCACCUACAUGGAAAGAAGCCACUGAUGUAAAUCCUGCAAAUGACCACUCAAUAACAGUAUCAUGGAAUGCUCCAUCAGGAAGUGUCUAUGGUUAUCAAGUGAGUUUGCUUGACGGAUCAACAACAGUCCUAUCAACAGCGGUAUUGCAGUCAACUUUUACCAAACUUGUUUCCACUCAAAUAAAAAAUGGACACUAUUACACUGUACAGAUUAUUAGCAAGAGCCAAAGCAACACUGUUGAUAGUGUUCCACUUAUCGAAGUAAUAAAGACUGAAGUUAUAGCACCUGGUCCUCCGACUGGAGCCAAUUGUAAAGACGUUAAAGAUGAAUUCAUUUUAGUCGGAUGGAAUGCUCCUGCAGUACCAAAUGGAGAUCUCCGACAAUACUUUAUUCAUGUUUAUAAUACAAGUGGUCUGGUGAAAACGGUCAGUACAGACACAGAUGUAAAUGAACUUAAGGUCUCAGGUUUAGAUCCAGGGACAUACUAUACGUUCAAAAUAUACACUCAAAACGAAUUGUUCAAUUCCACUUCAUCUGAUGCUACAUACUGCCAGACUAAUGCCAAAAUGUCUGACCCACCUGAAGAUCUCACCGCAUCGACAGUGUCAAGUCGAGGAUUUACCCUGACAUGGAAACGUCCUGUGAAUACUUACAGUGAAGAAAUACUCGGCUAUUUGCUGCAAGUCAAAGAUGGUGAAACAUGUGUGCUAGAGAAAAUAUAUAAGUGUUCGGAUUGUAUCGGGUCAUUUGACAGUUUUGUAUUGCAAGAGUUUUGUAGUUCAAGUGUAAGUGCUCUUGUUGAGAAAACAGAACUUGAACUCAAAGGUCCUGUACAGUUUGAUGCCAACAACCUAUUACUACCAGACACAACGUAUGCAUGUUUUGUUGUUGUGAUUACUGAUAAUGGUUUGGGACACAAGGCACACGUAAACACGCUUACAUUUGAAGAAGAACCUCAAGCGCCUCCAGUUGAUGUAACAGUAUCUGACAUAAGGAAAAGAUCGUUCAAUGUAUCAUGGAGUCUCAUUGGACCCAGGCCGGGUCAGGUGACGUAUACGGUGAUCCUUAAUGGCGACAUGGGUGCUGAGUCUAAAUCAUACACAGUUUCUGGUUACCUGAAUACACGUGUUUUUGCUGAUGGACUUGAAGAAUAUUGGAAUUACUCUGUGAAUGUGGAGGCCAAAACCAAUUUUGGCAAUCCUAAAACAUCAGUCACCACACACGAGUACAGAACAUUGCCAUCAGCUCCUGGUCCUGUUACUGACUUUGGAGCAGUUACGGCUCAGCUGCACACGGACAAUUUCGAGAUAAUAACAAUCCAGUGGAAGGCCCCUUCGUUGUUAGAGAGAAAUAGUGUGAUAAAAGAAUAUGUGCUUAAACACAAUGUUGGAAACAACUCAGCUACUUCGGAGGUUUCUUUAGAGUACAGAUCUUUGGUAUUUGAGUCCAAGGCUGGAGACGAUUUUUACAGUCAAGACUUUGACGUAACACCUGAUACAACGUAUCAGUUUGAAGUUUAUGCUGUAAACACUGAGAGUACAGACAGUAUUGGUCAGAAGACGAACAUCACACUUACUACACCAGCUCGAUUUACAGAUCCAGACAAGAACACAAGUCAGACAGGAAUGAUUGUUGGAAUAGUAAUGGCGGUGUUUGUGAUUGUCGGAGUUGGAGUAUUCGUUGUAUUCUGGACUCGACGAAGACAGAGAAAGUCUCAAGAUUCUACAGACUUCAUUCCAUUAGAGAACAAGGCUAGACAAUUCAGUGCAGGAGUCCAGAAUGAUAACGAUAUGGUACCACAAUUCGACAGUAUUCCAUCUAAAGAUGGUUUCCGUUCAAAGGUCUACGAAAAUCUUCCCACUGGCAUUCAAGGAAAACUUAAACUCCCCGGUCAAAAGUUUAGUGCCGUAUACAUUUCUGGCUGUAAGUCUGAGAAGGAUUAUAUUGUUUGCUUCGCUCCAAAGCCCAACAACGUCAACAACUUUUGGAACAUGGUUUUAUCGGACGAAGUUGACUCCAUUGUCAUGUUUGCUGAGAGCAAAAUUCCCAAAAAAGAAUCAAGGUAUUGGCCGUCUGAGUAUGAUCAACCAAAGAACUACGGACAAGUAACCAUAGAAGUGACAGACUUGAAUAAAUAUGAAACGCACGCCCAUUUGAAGAUGAGCAUUUCCGCUAAUGGAACGGUAAGGACUUUGAACCACUAUGAAUGCUCGUCAGUCUCCACGUUCAGUCCAGAUGGAUUCGUUGAGUUGGUAAAAGUUCUCAGAUUGAACCAAAAGAGAGGACGUAUUCUUCUGCACUCGAGCGAAGGCCUCGGAUCUACCGUUCCGUUUGUGGUCUUGGAUACAUGCACGCAGGCACUUUUUGAAGGUUCAAGGACAGAAAAGGUAGAUUAUAAUAAGAUGCUGAUGAGCAUUGUGAAGACCCACAAAGACCUUUUGCUUUCACAGGAAUUGUUUAUUUUUACUCAUGACUGUGUGCAGCUUCUUGGAAGUUGUGACUAUGAACCGUUACAAAGUGCACAAAUUGAAAGUGUUUAUCAAACGCUACACGUUCAUGACUGAUGUGGGAAGCUAGAUCUUCUGCUUGAUUUACACGUUGCCAGAUCCAACAAAUUGUUUAUAUGAAAUUAUGCAUAAAUAUGAAACGUUUGUGCUGUGAUAUAUCAGAAAUGCAAAUUCAAUAUUUGCUAAGAAACAGACAGGGCCAAUUUAACAAAUUUUCGGUCAUUUCAUCACGAACUGUUAUAUCUUAUCAGAUCAAUUUAAUUGUAAAUUAAGGUCUCCGACCAAGAAUUCACCAUAAAUAAUGUUUACAACAGUAAUUCAUUAGUGCUACCCUG